AUGGGUCCCCGGUUAUUGAUAACACAAUUUGCCCGAUGGGAUCCAUCCCAGCAACGUGCACCUCGUGGAUAUAGUGACUGGAGAUACAACCGACGGCCCGGCCCGAAGGACAACAAACGAUGUGCUCGUUAUCGCCGAGAGAAUAGGAAGCCGAGCACCACCCUUUCACUUGACAACGCGACAUCAACCAGGGAGAAAGGCUUACUUCUCAACUUUCCAUCCUCCAUCCACCCUAACCUGCCGUGUUGGGGAAACCCCUAAUGAGUGGGACCUGUAUCCAUGAGCCCCGUGCCCCUUCCCCCUCCCUGUCAGGCUUCAGCACCCCCAUCUCAGAAACCCCCUAUCGAAGAAUCGAUGGAGACACCCCUGCCUGCACCCCCGAAACGGACCUGACCCCCACACAGUGUGUCCUCCGUAACGUGCUGUCCAUCGACACCGGUGGACCGGGGGCGCCGAGCGGCAGCAGCCCCACUCCCAGCGAUGGACCCUCAGCCCACUUUGACAACAGCGUGCUAAAACUACAUGAACAUGAGGCCUGCCAGUGCGGCGGCGGCGGCGCCGAGGCCGGGCACAGCCCAGAGGCUGGUGCUGUCCGGAGCCAGUCGGAGAACAUUCGGCUACAAUCAGGAAGUGGAGGGUUUUUUGAGGGACUGUUUGGGUGCCUAAAACCAGUCUGGACCAUGAUUGGAAAGGCCUACUCCACUGAACACAAACAUAGCCAUGAAGGUAUGUGACAGUAAAUGCUUCACCUCUGCUCUUCGGCCCUCUGCUGAGGGCAAGUGUAUUUAACAAAGAAAGAAAAGUCAGACCAGUUUGCGACUUAAACAUGUCAUGUAAUCCCUGUUUGAAAUUAUUGCUGUGCCCAUGCGUAACCAUGGAGAUGCACAGU